AUGUGUCACACUAGCUGCUCCUCGGGCUGCCAGCCAGCCUGCUGUGUGUCCAGCCCCUGCCAGGCAUCCUGCUGUGUGUCCAGCCCCUGCCACUCAGCCUGCUGUGUGCCUGCUAUAUGCAUUCCUGUGAGGUACCAGGUGACCUGCUGUGUGCCUGUGAGCUGCAGGCCCACUGUGUGCAUGGCUCCCUCCUGCCAGUCCUCUGUGUGUGUGCCCGUGAGCUGCCGGCCUGUCUGUGUAAGCUCCUCCUGCCAGUCAUCUGGGUGCUGCCAGCCCUCCUGUCCCACCCUGGUCUGCAGACCUGUCACCUGUAGCACCCCCUCCUGCUGCUGA